AGUUUCUACACAUUUCCCUCCUAAGGGAAGGGCGCGGUGCGUUGUGGGAGCUGUAGUUGUCCGGAAGUGUCGCUGAAUAUUUCCCCGCUAGCUGACAUGGCGGAUAGGAGACGGCGGAGGAGACGAGCGUCCCAAGACAGCGAGGAGUUGGGAGAAGAGGAGGAGUCGGCCAGUGACAGCGCGGGCUCCGGGGGAGAGUCGGUCGGGCCCAUCAGACAAGAGAGAGCCGAGCAAAGCAAAACCGAGCCGGCGAGAGCGGAGCAGGAGACUCGGAGAGCCGAGCCGGCGAGGGAAGGGAAAGAGUCCGAGUGUGAAAGUGAGGAUGGAAUUGAAGGGGAUGCAGUUUUGUCGGAUUACGAAAGCGCCGAUGAGUCUGAAGAAGAGGAGGCUCACAACAGUGAAGAAGAUCCAUUGAAGACAACCUUGAAACAGGAGAACAAUGUGGAGGAGGCACCUGCUACAAGAGAACAGAAGCCUAAAUCUAAGGGAGCAGUGACAGGGGAGCGUCAGAGUGGGGACGGGCAGGAGAGCACGGAACCAGAAGAGAAUAAUACCUCUAAGAAAUCCCAGAAGCAGCUGGAUGACGAUGAAGACCGGAAGAAUCCAGCUUACAUCCCUCGGAAAGGGCUUUUCUUUGAGCAUGACCUGCGUGGACAUGUCAAUGAUGAGGAAGUCAGGCCAAAGGGUCGACAUCCACGCAAACUCUGGAAGGAUGAGGGGAGAUGGGUACAUGACCGGUUCCGUGAGGAUGAACAGGCCCCCAAGUCUCGUGAAGAGCUCGUAUCUAUAUACGGUUAUGAUAUUCGAUCUUGCAGAAACCCAGAAGAAAUCCACCCCAGGCGGCCGGGAAAACCCAGAUUCAGCAGCCCCUCUAGGAGAGAGGAAAACGAUGAGAAACCUAGUCGGCCUUCAAAUCGGUACCAGGACUCUGGUGUUACCCAGCCUCUACGGCCGUACACCAAUCGCAAUGCACCUCCCUCUAGCAAAGUUGGUCCCUCCAGGACUUACUCCCGGCAGGGUGGAUAUAAAGAGAACCGUGCCAGUUACCAGUCAGAGGAGGAGGCUGCACCUCACACAUAUGAGCGCAGACAGGACUAUGGUGGGCACAGAUCACGCAGCACAGACCAAGGUCCACCCCCUCCAAGAGAGUACUCGCCUGAAGCAGAUCCUAUCAUCAAGGAAGAAGCAUUCACUGAGAAGCAAACCGCAGAACCUUCUCCACCACCUCCUGACAGACCAGUCGAGAAGAAAUCCUAUUCUAGGGCUAGAAGGAGUCGGAUCAAAGUUGGCGAUACAGGAAAGAGCAUGGAGGACACUACAGCUGCUGAACUACCCCCACCACCUCCUGUGCCCCCUGCUGUUGCUGCUGAGUUCACCCCUGCACCACUGAAUGUGAAGCAAGGCAACUGGGAGCCUCCUGCAGAAGGUGGAAUGUCUGGAAUUGACGACGAGUUGUCCAAGAUGAACCUUUCAGAGCAGAGCUGGAACCAAGGACAGCCCGCAUACAUUUCCCCUCGUGGUAUUCCUAAUCCCAUGCACAUGGGUGCUGGGCCACCGCAGUAUAGUCGGAUGGAAGGCAUGGCAGUUCAAGCUGGUCGUGUCAAGAGGUAUUCUUCCCAGCGUCAGAGGCCUGUCCCAGACCCUGCAGCCAUGCACAUCAGCCUCAUGGAAAGUCAUUAUUAUGAUUCACUCCAGUUCCAGGGACCAAUAUAUGCUCAUGGUGACAGCUCACCCUCUAUGCCCCCUCAGGGUAUGAUUGUACAACCUGAAAUGCACCUUUCUCACCCAGGCAUGCACCCACAUCAGUCUCCUGCUACCAUAUCUACCCCGAAUAUUUACCCUGCUCCAGUCUCUCUCACACCUGGUCAGCCACCACCCCAGCAGCUCCUGCCUCCUCCAUAUUUUACUGCUCCAUCCAAUGUUAUGAAUUUUGGGAAUCCCACCUAUCCAUACCCUCCAGGAGCUCUGCCUCCACCACCAGCUCAUCUUUACCCAAAUGCACAGGCCCAGUCCCAGGUGUACGGAGGGGUGACUUAUUAUAACCCUGUACAGCAGCAAGUACAGCAGCAAGUACUGCCAAAGCCUUCUCCUCCAAGACGGACCUCUCAGCCAGUCACCAUCAAACCCCCACCACCAGAGCCACAGUCGCUCCCAGUCGCCCUCACAUUCUGAAACCCCUGGACGACCUUUGGAGAUUCUACAUGUGCCACAAAUGACCGUUAUCAUUUGAAACCAACUUUUGUGAUGCAACCGAUUCUACAUCCAUUUGAUGACCUUUUUUUUUCCCUGAUGUCUUGUCCUAGGAUGUGGUGCUCCUUUCAGAAACAAACCCUUGUAUAGGCUUGGGGCUUUAACACCCAUAAGUUCAUUGUUUUAUUUCUUGUCAUUCUUGAGCUGAUCAGAGACCAUCCACAUACAAGCCGUGGUGUUGCCUAAAAGCUAUUAUUGUUACCGUAGGGACGUUUUUGUUUGUGCAUUUUCUGAAAUUCUGUUGAAUAUCCAGGAAAUCCCUAUUAAUAUCAUGCAAAGAGGGCCAUGGAAAUAUUAGCCAGUUUUUCAUUGAUCCAUUAUCCAAGUGUUCAGUAUUUAUCGUCAAUCAAUAAAUUUUUGCAUGACAUUAAAUGUUAAAUCUCAGUAUGUGACAGAUGUGAGUAAUAUAAACAUUGAUUUAUUUAAAGACAUUCCAUGCUUACAUAAUGAGAAUGUGUUUCAACAUAUAUCCAAAGACAGAUUCUU